AUGUUCUUGACAGAAUUGCUCUAUUCGAUUAAAUAUAAUCCCUCUUUGAAAUUAAAGCUUUCAAUCAUAUUUUUUGGUGCUCUCGGAUUCUUAGAUUGCAUUACCUCUCUCCCCAUCGGUCUCUACGGAAUCCUCGUCGGAGGCUUAAACUCCCCCAACGCCGAUGAACAACAUGAUCAAUGCAGACACGAACUCCUUUUAAAUUUAAUCAUUGGAUUAGGCUUUCUAGACAUGAUCGGAGCAACUCUUUCUCUUUCUUUCGGAUCUGUACUCACCAUCAUGACUUAUAAAUUCUUUUAUGAUUCCAAUCCGAAUGAAAAUGAUGAUCAAUCCGUUUCGGAAUAUGGACAUUUUAAUCAAGAACCUUCUGACUCGAUCGAAUCCGUUGAGAGUAAUCCUCAUCAUCAUCAGGACCAACACAACAACGAUCAACAAGAGAUUGAGGCUCAAGAAAAGAAAUUGGAACUUUUAAUGAAAGCCAAUAACCGACUUUCUGCGCGCCUUCACAAUACGUUAUUCUAUCUAGCCGUUACGCGCGCUUUAUUUUCGGUUGUGUUUUUCGUUUUGGCGUGUGUGGUGAGUGAAAUGAUUUUCCAAAUGAGUGAUUCGUGUGCGAGGGAUAAUCCUUUCCUUCGAGACACGGCAGCCACGUAUAUGAUUUUGAGAUGGAUUGUGUAUGUGUUUAGUGUGAUAUUGGCUCUACCAUUGAGUGUUGGUUUUUGGAAUUUGAUUUUGAAAAAUUCCGAUUCCUUAUUGAUGAAAAUGAUUGGAAAAGAAUUGAGAAAGUGCAAGCAUGGAAUUUGGAAUUUAAUUUCGAGAAUGAGAAAUAGAGGUGGUAGUAGUGGUAGUGAGAAUUCGAGAGAACAAUAUUUUACAACGAAUCAAUAUCAUAAUUCGGAUUUGUAA